AACAAACAAAUACAAACACUUUUCCUCUCGCUUCAUUUCCUUUCUGAGCUAAUUGUCUUGCUCACUAGAUUAUCAGUCACUGAUUUCAGUUUCUCAUUGCUUUAUUGUUAUUGGGCAUUUAGGAAGCACUGUUUUCGCAUAUCCGCAUCUAUUCCUUGACUACAGACACAAAAGGCCUUGCCGGGUCUUACUUUCAGAUACAUUGAAGACAAAAAGCACCAGACCUACUUUUUGUUCUCCACCAAGAUCGCAAUAACUUCUUGACACGCUCGCCCAAGAUGGACAUACACAUCAACUCUUUCAGCUAUAAAACACGCCAGACAAUCAUGGUGGAGGUUAACCAACUAGUAUCCGAGCUAUUCAUAUUACAUCCUUACUACAAUGGCACCAGCAGCAGCCAACUACUAUUCCGCUCCUCCCCAUGCACACCAGAAGCAACGUGGUUAUCGCAUCUGCGAUACUUGCGGUGCAGUUGAAAACCCAGUUGCCCAGAAGUUUAGACUCUGUGGUGGUUGUAUGACCACCCAGUAUUGUUCCACCGAGUGCCAAAAAUCGCAUUGGCCUUCUCACAAGACCAUCUGUCAGCACACCGCUGCUCAGAUGUCAGGUGCAAAACAGCAGGCCAUCGGGCCUGCAUAUCCUGAUGAAAAUUUGGCGAAGUACCUUCGCAAGUUUACCUCAACACACUCUUCACUUCUCGGAUGGGCCGGCUUCCAAGCCCUUCAAUUAAAGCGCCUGCCUGCCAAUAUCCGGCAAAGUGCGUUGCUUAUCGAGCUGAGCUACAAUGCUCAUGCCGAAUCAUUAUAUCGUUUCUCAGUGGCAAAUACGCAUAUAGUCUCUCGGACAUUCGUAACCAGCCAUGAUCCACUCGUAGCCGCUGAUAUCAGCCGACGAGAAGAACGCUGUCGACGCAGUGGGGGAAUUGGAACCCUUGUUAUACUCGUGCAGUGUGGUGGCAUUUCUCAAGUUAUGCCUGUGGAAGUCGACCCACCUAGUAAAAUCUCGUGGGAUUCACGAGACGAUUGGGCGGAAGUCCUCCGCCAUUUCGUUGAAUCUGGCCGAACAGAUUUCAAACCUAUAUCCACGACCGCCAGGGGGGUCGUUUAUGGCUAAUCUAAGAUCAUCGCCUUCAUGACUUAUGAUUAUCUUUCGGCAACGUGGAUCGUUGCAUGACCAGCAUAUUUUCGUUCCGCUGCAUCGUGUUCGGACAAUUUGUACUAUUUACGUCGCAUCCAUUACAACCCAUCAUACCUCACGAUUUCAUGUUAUGUUGUAAUUGUACUGCAUGUCGAUUUAAUGAUUAUCACUCAAUACAUUUGAAACUUGAA